AUGAGUUACGGGGGGGUUGCUGCUGCAGCAGUCCUUCUCCGGCAGAGACCCUCCGCGGGCACCAUCGAAGGUGGCGCUGCCUAUCUGCAACUGCCUCCCGUCGGUACCGACACCUGGCAUGCAGCAAGAGAAUCAGCAGCAGAAGAGUAUCCAUGGUUGCUUGGUGAUGAGGCACUUCGGUCGCUGCGUAGCCGGAAAGGGUCCCGCGACUCGCAGCGGAUGUUACGAGCUAUAGCAGCAGCAGUUAUAUUGGUUGUCUUUGUUGCCUUUGGCUGCCGCCUGUCGCGUCUUGAGAUACACAGAGGGUCUCCUGAAGGGAAUACCUUACCAGUGGAUCCAGAAGAGUUACAACAACUCCGAGAGGAGUUAGAUGAAGCGGAAGCAGCAUUAUGGGAGGAAUGGACUGGAGCGUCUGAUGCGGUUCGCAGCGCAUUUGAAAGAAAUUUUAUGCCCAAAUUGGGGGAGAAUGCUGUAGAGAUGGGUCCUUUUGGGUUGUUUCAGCAACAAGUGAUUGCAGCACAAAAGUUGCACGAGUUGCUGCAGCAUAAGCAAGACGAGCAAUCGAUGCCUGAGGGGCAUGGGGGGCAGGAACCCACAUUUGUAGAGUUGCAGAGGUGUUCCUUCCAGCUUCUUCUGGCGACAUCCUUGAUUCGCGCUGCCUCCGAGCGUCUUUCAUAUUUGAAUAAACUCGAGGCUUUGUGUGAUGAACGAGGUAUCGGUUCGGCUUUGCUGCAGCGGAAGCAGCAACCGCUGCUGCUGGAUCAAGAGCAGCAGGAGGAGGGCGUUGCGAGCAGCGGCAUGACAUUUUCCGAGUUUCUAAAGACACUCAAUGAAAGAUCAGGACGCAAGAUCGAUCUAGCAUUCGCCGGGGGAGCCCUGGGUGGGAGAGGUUCUGUAGGCCGGCUUGUGCCGCGGGAGUUAGGGGAGCAGCUGGUGGGGUUGGUGUUAGCAAUGCGCAUGCGGCGCGCGUCGGAUGCUCGAGUAUACAGUAUUCUUAGGAUGCCACUGGGCAUGUAUAUGAACAGCUUAGAUGAAGCGGAAGAGGAAUUGGGGGAAAGGGCAAGCCUAGAGAGUGUUGAACUAUAUGGGGCGGAUGAAGGAACAGAGGAAUCAUUCCCCGUGCUGCUCUUUGCUGAAUUUCUGUCGGAGUUCGAGGGGCGGCUGGAUGACGGAGGAUUGAGACAACCCGUAGACAAGCACUUAGCUUUUGUUGCUGGAGGAUGGGGGGUCGAACGCUGUUUAAAAGGGAUUGAAAACAUUCAACAGGAAGAAGACACCAGCGACGUGAAGCUGCGCAUUGAAAAAACAAAAAAAUGGGCUCAAGCGCGCAUUAUAUCCACUGCUGUUGCAGCUCCGCAGACACACCAUGCAGACGUAAGACCCUGUGGAUCCCUUUCUCUGGGCCUGUCGCUGCUGUAG